CGUUGCUGAUGCUGGGCAGAUUGCGUUUAUCUCCGCAUCUCUGCUCCGCUACCCUUAAUGCUGCCACUGGAUGGCUGCGCGUCGCACUUCGACGUGAGAUCAUAUAUUGAGGGCUUCAUCUGAUUAGAGAAUGCAAACAAACAUGACAGACAGUACGACUUCUGAUCCAUGCCCUGUUCCUAAUCCGACUAUUGUUGACCCGUCGGCUGUGCGAAACGGACAAUGCGCCGCUGCCCAGGAUCCGAACCUACCCAAAAGAGGGAGCCAGGACGAUCCUUUCAACAUGGACCGGGACCAGGAGAUGAAAAUCACAGAUAGCGUUGAGGGCCAAGGACUCUUGGAGAGCAGCAUGCGCCUGAAGCCUCACGAAGCUCAGAGUUACAGGAAGAAAGCUUUGUGGGUGUCCUGGAUCUCCAUUGUGGUGACGCUCAUCCUGGCUGUGGCAGGCUUCACUGCAUCCUUCAUGAGACACAGCGCAUCAGCUUUUGGAUUUGCCUUUGAUGCAUCGUUAGAUGUUCUUUCCUCCAUUAUAGUGCUGUGGCGCUAUAGCAACGCUGCAGCAGUGCACUCUGCCCAUAGAGAAUACAUAGCAUGUGUGAUCCUGGGAGUGAUUUUCAUCUUGUCUUCUAUGUGUAUUUUGGGGAAGGCCAUCCAUGAUCUGGCCACCAAACUUCUUCCUGAAGUGGGUGACUUCCUGUUCAGCGUUUCUAUCGUCAGCGGCCUCAUGUGUGUCAUUCUUGCUGUUGCCAAGUUCAUGCUGGGAAGGAUUUUGACCAGCAGAGCUCUAAUCACUGAUGGCUUUAAUUCUAUGGUUGGAGGCAUCAUGGGAUUUUCCAUCCUCAUCAGCGCUGAGGUGUUUAAACAUCAUCCCACCAUCUGGUACCUGGACGGAACCACUGGGGUCCUGAUUGGACUCAUCAUUCUAGCUUAUGGGGUCAAGCUGUUGAUCGACAUGGUGCCGCGAGUAAGACAGACUCGAAACUAUGAGCGCUUUGAGUAACGCUGGUUCAGAAGAACAAAAAAGGCAUCAUAUGGAUCCAGUUAUCCCUCUCGGCUCCUGCUGCUCUCUCAACUCACACGAUACCCAAAUACAUCCAGGAAUGAAGUCUGCUGGCAGCCAAUUCAGCAUCAUGUAUUGUAGAAUCCCUAGUCUGACCAGCUCCUGAUGUCCUCUUUCACUCAGCACAACAUUUAAGAGAAGGAAGGAGGAAGAAGAAAGAGCUGAUCAGUGGAUCCGUGUCACUCCUAGCACUCAAGAUAUCAUCCUGAAGGGAGUCACUGCUUUUAAACAGAGAUCAGCAUUUAUUGGUCACAUCCAUGAAAUUUUAUUAUGCCACAUUUUAUGUUUUUGUUUCUUAAAUUAUGGAGGAAGACAUUGACUUAUACUAUAAUAUACUCUAUGUUUAAUGAAAAAUCACGUGAAUGUGUAUGUGAAACCACACGACUAUAAUUCAUUUUAGGUCAGUUUUAGAGAUCAUCUUUCUGUUACAUCACAUCGUCCCACCUAUUGUCCCCCAGAAUGAUUUAAUUAUAUGUUAUGUUUAUUUAUUAGUGUAUAAUAUUGUAUAUAUCUCAGAGCUAGAGACCAGCAUCGUUUCCAGUGUAGAGGUGAUACUUAUUUAAAUGAAGAAAGCACACAGAAAUGUCCUGAAUUAGUCAUAACUAUAUUAUAGGUUAAAGACCACAAUUCAGGGUCAGUAGGAUAAUUAAAUGAAAUAUCGAUAUUGGAAAAAUAGCUUCAGGUAUUUACAGGAAAGGCCCAUAAUGCACCAGUGAUCUGUCAAUAGUCAAAAUGACUGACCAGCACAGAAAGCAGCUUGAACUUCCUGACCGUUUAACUAUUUCUAGCACCACAACCAGGACAAAAUACAAAAACUGAAAUAAUCCUAGAUCCAUGUACUCUUGUGUUUUACUACUUUUAAUUUUUCAAUUGUACUGCACACUGUGCAAUUCAAUGCUAAAUAUCUUUAUUCAUGUUUUUAGCUGAACUGUUUUUUUUUAAUAGCAGUUGAUUAAUCUGACCUUUGCUGAUUUCUGUGGCAUGCAUUGCUGUGUCUGUUUGCCACUUGCUAUUGAAUUUAUCAGAUAUUGUUUUUGUGCCAAGACAGAAUGAGAUUAGAAUGGCCUGAAGUAUCGUCUGAUGUAGAAAUGAUUGAUUUGGGCUCCAGCAGACAGAAUGAAUCAUUGGUGUAUUAUGGAGGGUUUGUGAGGCAGGGCAACUUAUUCCUCAAUGGAGCACAAAUCAUUGGAAAAACAAAGCACAUUUUAGUUUCUUACCGCACUAACAAAACUAAUCUAUAGUAAAAUGGGGGUUUCACCUUUCAUUUCUGUUUUCACAAAGAUUGAAUCAUAAAUCCAAAUGUUUGUCAUUUCUGACCUGUGAAUCUUUACCUACAUGACCUACAUUUUAUAAAAUGUUAUAUUUUUCUGGAAAAACAAUAUUUUCACAAGGAUGCGGUAAAUUAAUUUAAUAAGUAAUCAGUAAAACAUUUAUGUUACAAAAGAUUUUUAUUUCAAAUAAAUGCUAUUUCUUUGAACUUUCUAUUCAUCAGGGGAUCCUGAAAAAUCUGCAUAUUAGUAUGAUUUCUGAAGGAUCAUGUGACACUAAAGACUGGAGUAACGGCUGCUGAAAAUUCAGCUUUGCCAUCACAAUAAAUUAAAUUUUUAAACAGAAAACAGUCCUUUAAAUCGGUAAUAAUUCACACUAUUAGUAUUUCUAUGUUAUCUUUGAUCAAAUAAAUUCAGCCUUCUUGAGCACAAAAUACUUUUUAAACUUACGGAUCCCAACCUUGUGAACCGUAGUGCAUUUUAAAAUGCAUUUAUUUUAUUCAUAUAUAAAACACAUCAGUGACUAUAAAAAUGCACAUCAGUUUUUAAAAUUAUUUAUUUAUUUGCACAUUUGAGUUGCUUCCUAAGCAUUCAAAUCUUAUUUUGUCACUUACCAUCCCAAAUAUAAUUAACUCUAAUUCCUGUUACAGAAUAACUGCGUGUUUGAUGUGUUAUGCAAAUGAGCUUCAGUGGAAGAUCUUUUUACUGUCUCACAAGCACAGUGUCACACAAAGGGUACCUAUUUUUUCAUCAUCAAAAUUGAACAUCAGCUAUCAUAUUUCCCCCACUUUUAAACAUAACUUCUUUUUGCUUCUGUGUCUCAUAAUUGGGACAUAAAUGGAACUGAAUGUAAAAGACUGCGAUCGGUUCACAGAUCAUCUACUGCACACUGAUUUAUGUAUCUCACCGAUAUUACCAGACAAUCACGAGUCGACCAAUAACUGCAGCACAGACUCCCGAAGCCUUUUGUCUACUGAUCAAUGUGAUCUGAAGAGGGAAACUUUAAAGCAGGACAUUUUAUAUUUAUGUUCUUUUACAUCACAGCAAAGUUGAUUUUAUUUAUUAUUGAUUUGUACUCAAGUGAUUGCGUGUUUGUGCUGUAAUACAAUAGCAUCAUUCCAUAUACAUAUACAGUGGAAGUCCUUGCGUUAUAACUUGAAUAUUUCUUCAACUUCAGUGUUCCAUAUAUAAACUGUACUGACUAGACUGUAUAUUUGUGUGUAGACUGCCCAUGGUAAUGUGCCGAAUUGAUGCUGUAGUAUGUUUACAAAAUUUGGUAUUGAGUAUUUAUAAUAUUCAUUUGUCAGGUCACAUCUGCUAGAUAUAGGCAGUUGCUUUAUUCGUUCAUUUCCAUCAGGCAUAUUGUGCUAGUUUUGUAGAUUUACGCUUGUGUUAGGCUGUAAUGUACCAUCAGCUGACACAUAGGAGAACAGUGCUGUCUGUUCAUAGACUUCAGUGGCUGCAGUUGCUUAUCCAUUACUGUAAAGAUCAUCAGGGUCACACAAAUGUUACAUUAGCAUAGUUAAGGUGGUGAUGACUGUAUAAAUCAGCCUAUAUUCCAAAGACAAACUGACAGCUGGACCCUGUAUUAGAUGGCUCAGGCCUGUAGUCUGUACUUAUGCUGUAGUUUAGUCGUAAGCAAUAGCCUAGGCCUACUCACUGCUACGCUUUGCAUGAAAACAACCACGUUCCCACAAAAUUGCACAAACACACACUGAUACACACAUGCACAGCACAGGCAAAUACAUACACAACACAUUUCUAAUGUCUUGCACAUAGACAAGAGGUUCUGAAUGUACAUUUAUUUCCAAACUAAUGCUGAUCUAUAUUUCUGUAGAACAUGUGAAAUAUGGCUUGACCUAAAGGUUGUACAAAAAUAAAAUCUCUUAAGAAAACA